AUGGCCACGCGUGGGAUGGCCGGUCGCGAUAAGGAAACAAGGCAGCAGCACGAAGGGGCUCAUGUGGCUCAAACACGCGUCUCUUGGAAGCUUAAAGCCAAAGUACGGAGUAGAUUGCAGCUCAACAGCAAGACGUUUCACAUCCAAAAAGCUCGUUUUUGGACCUACUCGCGCCAUUCAUAUGAUAUCAACAUAUUAAUCGGAGCAGCCUAUUCAAACGCUCUACAUGCGUACGACGAAAGAAACGACUCCGAGACACUCCCCAGUAUAGCAAAAUUUGCGCGAGAAUUUGGAGUCAGCUACCGACGCCUCUGGGCCAGGAUCAACGGUCGAGACAGUAAAAGUACGCGUCAGCCCGUGAAUCUACAACUUGACUUUGCUCAAUAUCAAAAAUUAUUCGACUAUAUCGACCGACAGUAUGACUCUGAUGGACUAGUGAGCGCCAACGCGACUCGGAAGGCAGCCAAUACAGUCUACAGGAGAGUGAUACAGGUGCUUCAACGCCACCACCAAAAGACCAAGUAA